AUGUUGAAGGGUGUGAACUUGGCAUUGAAAAGAUUUGCGAGUAGACCCUCCUUAGAACAAGGAGUUUCUAUCCCCAAUAGACCUUUGAAGAAAAUUCAAAUCGGUAAGGCAAGACCUGCAAUUUAUUAUAAGUUCGAUUGUCAAGUAGAAUUAUCAGAUGGAUCAGUAAUUACCCGCAAAUCACAGUACCCCAAGGUGGAAAUGCGAAUGAUUUCUGACCAGAGAAAUAGUCCUUUCUGGAAUAGUAGUAGAAAAGAUUUAGUUUCGGGUGACACAGGCACAAGGGGUCGUUUGAACAAAUUCAAGCAGAGAUACUCGGGAUUUGCCGACAAUAGCCAAGAAGAUACUGUCCAAGGUACACAGAGCGAGAACGACUUUCUUGAUUUGAUUGGCAGCAAUCACGUUGAACAGAAAUUGGGAGGAAAUAUUGCAAGCAAGAAGAGAAACUCCAAGAAGUAG